AUGAAGGUCAUCGAUGCGGUGGGCCAGCUUCGCAUGAGCGACGGCGAAGCCGACACGGAAGCCACCGUCGACGCGCUUAACAAGAUAGCGGCGCCUGGCAUUGGGACCUUUGCGGAUGCCCUUACGGUGCUCAACGCGGACGCCGUAGCGACCUAUGCCGGGCAGGGUAAGGGCGUCAAAGGGCUCGGCAAGAUGGAAGUUUCCAAGCUUCGUGUCGCCUAUGCGUUCGUGGCGCGCGGGUUAAAGCCCGAAACGUGGGUCGCCGACCUGUUCCCGGACACCUGGACCCUUCCUCCCCCUGUUGUCAAGAUCGGCCUUCAUCUGCGCGUCAAUCGGCACCGCGAUGUCCCUCGCUCUUAG